AUGGAAUCAAGAAUUGAACAAGCAGUUCCAACCGAUACAAUUGAGUGGAAAAGAUCCUAUGGACGAAUGACUGUGAAAAAUAUCAAACUCGAAUGUAAUUUUAAGACAUUUGAAAGUUGUAAGACACAAAUUGAAAGCUACAAUACACAAAACUAUUCCAUUGUGGAUCCAGUGCUUCACAUCUUUUGUGCAGAGUGUAAUGACAUCGAAACAUACAAAGCUGUUCUCAAGGAUGAAAUCGAUUCAUGGCUGAAAAAUCUUGCUUCUUAUGGAAUCACCGACUGGAUGAUACUCAUAGUUGAAACAAUCGAUAUUAAAAAGACAAAAAAUAUUCUUCCACGACAAUCAGUUCUUGACAAAAUUAGAAUGGAUUUCGCAUCAAAGAAUGCAGAUCGAUGUGUGUCAAUAUUAAAUCCAUUGAAGUUUGAAAACAAAUCUACAGAGUCAUUUCGUUCAAUGAUUCAACGAAUUCGACAUUUGAUUCUGUCAGCUUAUAAUAAAAAUAUUAUAAAGUUUGAAGAAAUUAUUCGAUCGAGACGAGAAGAAAGAAAUAAAGAUGAUUGGGACUUUCGCAAUUAUUUCUUACUUCAAGAGCAACUUGCCUUCGUUCUUGAAAUGUUGAGUCUCCAUUCCGAUGCUCUAGUUCAAUAUGAUGAGCUUGACGCUAUGUUAAAUUUGUUCAUCAUGAAUACACAAUUUGGUGAGAAACCAAAAUGGAUGGCGACGUUUGAAAAGCAAUUAAAUAAUGUUCGUGGGAUUACAAUGUGUAAGAAAGACAUCCAAGAAGAGCGUGAAAAGAUUAUUGAUGGUUCUGUGACUUUAAUUGAGUUCAGAAAUUAUUUAUUCCAACGACAAUGUACUUUACUUAACUCAAUGAAUCAACAAUGGGAAAUUGCGCAAAGACUUUUUCCAUUUCUCUUUUCAACUUUGAAAGAAACCGAAGCUUUGAGAUUGGAAGCUUAUAAUGGUUCGUUAGCCUGUUGGCAGUUUGUCAACUGUUUAGAAGUUCUCAACAUGUGUGACUGUGUAAAUGGAAACGAGAACAUCAUCAGAUGUUCACAAUUCACAGCUUCAAUAUGGAAUCUUGCAAAAGACAAACUUUACGAGUUAGGAAAACUUUGCGGUUUGUUACCGAAUUUCACACCAACUUCCGAACAAUUGCAUAUUGUUGUUCAGUUGUCAUCUGCAAUAGGAGAAAUUCCAGAAAGAGAUGUGAAUGAACAACGUGAAUUGGAAAUCAAAAGAUCACAUUCGCCAAUAAGAAAAAUUCCUAAAGCUGGAUGUGAGAAACUUCGUGAAGCUUUAAGUUCAAACGAAGGUUUUAAGAAACUCUAUUUGGAGUUGUGUGAACUUGCAAUCAGCACAUAUAAACACGUUUCAAGAUUACGUUCAGCUCGUCUUGUUGGACUUGAUUUGGGGAACUUUUAUUGCUUGUUAAAUGAACCGCAAAAAUCCAUCGUUUUCUUCACAGAUUUGUUACGUGAAUUAAAAACUGAGAAGUGGAAUGCAUUAGCAAGUCAAACACUUUUGGAACUUGCAAACUGUUACAAGAAAAUGGAUGACUCUUUGAGUUACACAAAAGUUUGUGCAGCAAUUUCAUGUUGUCAUGAUUUGGAAACUUUAGUAAGAACUUUUUAUUUUGACGAAUUUCUGAAGUCGUUAAAGAACUUACAAAGAACUUUGAAUGUUUCGGAGAAGGGACAAAACAAUUACGUGACAUUAGAUGAUCAUUUCAAAAUUGAUGACAUUCAUUUGUUCAAUAAAAGUCCUGUUAUUCAAGACAGCGUUCUUAACAUUGAAAUUAAGAUUGAAUCAAAUUUUCCACGAGAAAUUCUUUGUGAAAAUAUUUCGAUUAGUUUUGAAUUGAUGGAAAAGCAAUCGAAUCAAGAAAUUGCUGAAACAGCUGACUUUGAUAUUCUUCCUUUCUCAAUUCAUCUCGAUUACAAGCAAGACAAUACUUUGAGUGAAGCUUUAGUGGUUUGUGAAAUGAAAGGAAAAGUUCGAAGAACAAGCAGCGGAAAGAAUGAAAAUGCGCCAACGAUUCGAUCGAAUUUCGCCAAUUCUGCGAGUUUAGAGAAUGUUUUGCUUCAUCCAGGCUCAAAUGUCAUUUCAUUGACAACAAAGGCAGCUGAAGUUGGAACAUGGAGCUUCAAACAAAUCUCAAUUCAAUUCCAACAUUUAGAUUUUCUAUCGAAAACAAUUCCAAUGAAAUUGAAGUCAUUUGAAAUCACAACAAAACCAAGUUCAGCUUCGUUACAUUUCUCGAAUCUCGUUGCUGGAUUGGAUCAAAAAAUGAAGCUUAUGAUAUCUGGGGGAUCUUUCCACUUUCCAAAAGAAGCUACAAUCACUUUGAAAGGUUCAAAAGGGUUACAGAUGAAGACUGAAGAUGAUGCUGACUAUAAGAGAACCAUCAGCAUAAAGCUCGUCGAUUUUAAGUUAUUUGAAGAACGAACUGUUGAACUUCAAGCACUUUGUGAACUUCCUUGUCGGCGUGAUGAAACGAUGAUUGAUCAGAAAGUGAUGCUUCAUUGCCCAUGGACAGAAUCAGAAAUUCAAAUUCCAUUGAAAUUUCUUCCAAUUCUUACAGCUUGUUGUCGUCUUCAUUCGUCGGGUUCGAAGAAGUUCUUACAAGUUAUCACGAAAUCACUUUAUGAUAAAGAAUUGAUACUCAUGGAUGCUGUCAUGAAAUGUAACAACGAAGGUGUAGUCAUCACAGACUUGAAUCCCAAGUCACAAAGUAAAUUAAUUGUCGCAAAAAAUAUUUCCGUGUCUUAUUUAUUUGAGAUCGAAGUUGAACCUCUCAAGACACAAGACGAACUUCCAGUUAUCAGCAUUGAAUUUAAUUUAAUGUAUGCGGAAGGGGAAAAGCCUGAUCUCAUUCGACGUUACAAUUGUCCAUUCGAUGUCACAGAUUAUAAAACUUUGUUCCAAGUUAAAGUUAAAGUUGAACCUUCGGAACUGUGUAGAGUUGGUUCGGUUUGUCAUUUAAAUUUAACAAUAACAAAGCUGAAUGAUCAUCAUCAACAUAACGAUCUGAUGUAUGAAGUUUUAUUCGAUCAGAAUCUUUGGGCUGUCUACGGACGAUCAGCUGGCGUAAUUUCCAUGGCGGAAACAAACGAAACAAUCAUAACUUUGGAUGUUUUUCCACUCACCGCAGGUUUCCUUCCACUUCCCAAUAUUCGCCUAUCAAAAUACGUCGCAAACAAAACGAAAAAUGAUAAUCCAAAAUUAAUUCCAUUCGCACCAACGCAAGUUUACAAUUCAACGAAAAGUUUACAAAUUCACGUUCUUGCAAGUACUAACGUCGAACAGCAAU